CAGAAACAAAGAACAACCAUCCCCAGUGGUCCAAGAGAGAGGAGAAAAAGAGAAGAAGAGCGAGAGAGAUGAGAGGAAGAGAGGGGACACGGGGAUAAACAAACAAUACGCCUUUAGAAAACAUGGACCCUCUCCACGUGAGCACAUGUUCCCCAGUGAGAAACGGGGCCAAAUACCCACACACAUGCACACACACACACACACACAGAAAGAGUAAAAGAGAGAGAGAGAGACAGAAUCGUACACCGUCUGGCACAAGGAAAUAAGACAUAUUUUUUGCCUAUUUUGUGUGAGCCACCAUGAUGGUAAGGAAUUCCAAACUCAAGUGGCUGCUUCUGAUACACUUCCUCCUGUGUGACAUGAGUCAUGCCAGAGCUCCGCCCCCUUCUGAUCUCAAGAAUGGCCUUGGGCCUGGCAUCUCCCUUGUCAGCGUGUCUCCAGUUUCUUCACCUUUGUUACAGAUGGCUCUAAAGCUAGAUACAGAGCAUAAACAGAAAGCCACGUCUGGAGAUGAAGAUACCCUGAGUAUGGCAGAAGAACCAAAUGUUGACUCUGCCCAUCAGUUUGUCUCCAAUCUUGCACCGUCUCUACAGGAUCUGGUCCAUCUUCAAGGAAACGUGAGCUGUGCAGAGCUGGCUGCAGGGCCCUGGGGAGGGGAAGACUUUUCCCAGGAGCUAUUGGGUCUGGUAAUGGUUCCAGUGCUAAUUUCUGCCCAAUGUCUAUCUGAAGCUCAAUCACUGGUUAUGAACCUCUAUGGUCUACUUGGACAGAAUGAUACGCAAGAGCUUGUGAAAGAUAUCGUGACCCUGAUAAAGCUUGGUAAAAACUCUUCUCCCCACAUUUACUCCUCUUCGCCGCGUAUUACAAGUGGGUACUCACAACGACACCUUCAAGCAGUGAUGUUUAACAUCCAGCAGUUGGCAGAUGCAGGUGAUGAGAACAUGGGUGGGAUUUCUGGGCAAAAUAACCUGUGCCAAGGCUGGGUGAAGGUAAAGGGUACUCAGUUACUGGGGAAAACAGCAAACCAUGCUGAGCAUCUCCACCUAAGUAAGGCAAAGCAGGUCUGUCAAAGCCUGGGAAUCAACUGUGCAGGGGUGACAAAAGUUGAAGAGUCCAACCCUAAGAUGUACCGUGUUAUCCUAAGGCCUGGCAGCAGGGUAUUUCCUACAGCUUCUCGUAAUCAAUCAGAGAGCUGGAUUCAAAAGUGUGGGGUGGAGAGUGUGCGCUGGCGCAGGCAUGCAGUUCCUCAGCUACACACCUGCAAGAAUGCAAAGGAGGAGCGUGUGUAUAAUGUAGUGGAGUGGAUCCCUGGAGUGUCUACUCUUUAUAACCUGGGCACAGCUGUUUACUAUGCAUCUGUUAAUUGCUCCAGCACUGCAAAGGAGAGAGCCAUCCUCAGUGCUGUGGAUCUGGGCACUGACGCCCUUAUGGCUGUAACUGGAGGGGCUGCAGGUGUGGCUGGAUAUGCUCUGGGGGCAGGGCUUAAGACUGGUGUCAAGGCAGGAAUUAAGUACUUGCUAAACAACAUGGAGGAAGGAGACCUGGUUAUGAACCAAGAGAGCUGGGAGGAUGGAACCAUUACCAUUCAGUAAGAUUGAAGAAAUGAUGAGCUGAUGAUGGAAACUCAACAACUAAUACUUGGAAUUAAAUGAGAGAUAAUGAAAUUGUACAAGUUAACAGAUUUUGCACUGGUCACAUGGUUUGUCACAACAUAAGUACAGUUUACAGAAAACCGGUUACAAACGGGUGGUAUAUUUAACAGCGUCCAUGAUACAUAUUCACAGAAAAAAAAAUAUUGGAACCCUAAUGACUGGACAGCAAUUACAACCAAAAUGCACAGUAAAAGGUAAUCAAGAAUAACAAUGUGACUAAUAUUUAUAUGAUGUAUAAAUCAGUAUUACUGCACCAGUAUUUGGUUUGUGUGAUUGUGUUCAUUUUCCUGCCAUUUCGUACCAAUAAUCGUAACUAUCCUCAUCCCAAAGCUGUUUAUCUCUGUAUCCAUUUUGUCUCUUCCUUGUGUGUAUAAUAUUUAACAACCUACUACUAUCAUACUGUGACACCCUUAAUGAUAUGUUAUGCAAUAAGGAUAUGUGUAUUUUAAACAAGAUAUUUUAUUUACAAGUCUGUAGACAAAAUAAUUGAAAUGUUUGAACUAUAUUUACAAAGAAAAGCCUAUGUGUGCAUGUCAUUUUUACAAAGGAUACAAGUUUCAAUCAACACCAAAACCGCCAGCCUAAAUUCACCAAAUCAGAACAUUACUGUUGCAAAAAACACAAAGUGGCAUAAUGUAUGGGUAAAAUGUAACUAAUAACAUGAAACCUGUAUCUCACAAUAGCAGAUCUUUUUGUACAGUAUCAAUCAGUGUGUCCUGUUACUUGUUUUUGUAAAUGUUUACAAUAAAUAACCACUAAAAUCUCA